GGGAGCGACAUCAGCAUUUCCUAACAGACACUCUCAGCAGACACAAAGAUGACGAUGGCACAACUCUUCCUCCUCCUACUCACCAUCCUGGUGCACGCAGCAUCUUGUUUCCCCACUGACAGGAGAGCUCAGCCCGGCCAGGACAAACACGCCUCCUGGGACGACGUGAAUGUGGUGGCUCAUGGCCUCCUGCAGCUGGGCCAGGGCCUGAAGGAGCACGUGGACAAGACCAAGGCCCAGAUGAGGGACGUCAACACCAAACUCAAGGCUUUCAACAGCACGGUGGCUGAGCUGCAGAAGAGGCAGCAGGAGCAAGAGGAAGCGCUGAUGAAGGCCGGGGGUGCAGAGGUGGAGAAGAGGGGGACAAUGGCUGCAGGGAUGGCUGAAGAGGUGAGGGCGAAGACGGAGGGGGUGAAGAAGCAGAGCGAGGACAUCGGCUCCAGGAUGGACAGACUGGAGGAGAAGGUGGACGAGGUGCUCAAGGGGCCGAAACUAGACAGCAACUACAGCGAUCACUCAGGAGUCCCAUUCAUACAGAGGCUGCUGGCUGCUCAGAACAGACGCAUCGACGAUCUGGUGGAGAAAAUCAAGCAGCAGCAAAGCAAACUGGAGAAGCAGAGUCUGCACCUGCAAGCGCUGCAGGAAAAGGUUGCACAUAAAAGAGUAAAAUCGCACCGACGCAGAGAUGAGGAGACGGUGCUGAGAGGAGAGUCUGAGCACAGCAGAGAAACAUCAGAUUUGCCCAGGGACUGUCACGACCUGUUUGUACGAGGGCAGCGAGCCAGCGGCAUCUACACAAUCCAACCCAAGAGCUCGGAGCCGUUCAACGUCCUCUGUGAGAUGACUUCAGAUGCAGGAUGGACUGUCAUCCAGAAACGCCAAGACGGAUCCCAGAACUUCAAUCAGCUGUGGGAGAGCUACAAGAGAGGCUUCGGCAGCCUGAAUGGUGAGUUUUGGCUCGGCCUGGAGAACAUCCACUCCCUCUCCACACAAGGCCAGUACGUCCUGCAGGUUGAGCUGUCUGGUCGGGCAGGUGAGCAGCAGACCACGCGUUACCAGUUCAACUUGGACGGAGAAGAGAAGAAGUUUGCCGUGCACCUGGAUCAGGAGGCUUCACCCGGAGCUCAGGAGGAGAUCUUCACCACUGGAGCCUCCGGGGUUUCCUUCUCCACGGCCGACAGAGACAACGACCUCAGUGAAGACGUCAACUGUGCCGAGCUGCUUUCAGGAGGUUGGUGGUUCAGCGGCUGUGGCGAAUCAAACCUCAACGGCAGAUAUCCCAGAAGGCCGGGCGUGCUCAGGAAACGGAAUCACGGGAGACAAGAGAUGUUUUGGUCCACGAAGGGACGAGAUAAGUCUCUGAAGACAACGCUGCUGAAGAUCACCCCCGCCACGAGAAAACCGUAAACUGCUCAGUGUCUCAAAGACAAACAGGAAGAGACCAAAGAAGAAAACAAGAGUUUAACUUUAAAUGUUGAACCACGUCAGUGAAACCAUCACUGUGCUGAGCACGUUAAUAAUCUCUCCUGUUGCUAUGAUACCUCUAUGCUAUGCUAUAUGAUAUAUGUCAUGUUGACACUCUUUACUCCCUUUGUAAGGGUUUUAUGUCUUAAUCUUAUUUUUUGUAUAUUCGCUGUAUAUGUGUUUGAAUGACUUUUUACUUCACCAGUGUCGUUUGUUAUCAUUCAUGUUUAUAUUCUUCAAAGUUUUAUAUUUCAUUUGAAUGAGGGGGAUGAAAAUAAAAGUUUUUAAAGCUUAAA